AUGAAGGACCGCCAGGACCUGACCGUGGUCACCACCGACAGCUUCGACACGGCGUCUCUCUCGUCGGGCUACGACUCGCCCAUAAGUCCGUUGGAAAAUGGCGACAAGCCGAAUCUCGAGCACCUCGCUCGGCAGCGGCCAGCCGUCUUUCGGACCACGCUUCUCGAGACGUCGUUUGUUACAGCCGUUGUCCUGUCGCUCAUGAUGAGCGAGUACUUUACCUCGGGCUUCAAUAUCAUCCUGCCUAGUCUGGCCCAAUCGAUAGACCUCCCAGAAGAUGCGAGGACAUGGCCGACUGCCGUGCCCAAUCUAGCGGCAGCUGCGCUCCUGCUCCCCUUUGCCCGACUGUGUAAUAUCAUUGGCGCGCGCCGUGUCUUCAUUAUCGGCCAUGCGUGGUUACUGUCCUGGUCUGUCGUGAGCGGCUUUGCCACAGAUCAUAUUAUCCUCAUUGUAUGCCGCGCUAUGCAGGGCGUUGGAUUUGCCGCUUUCCUUCCGGCCGGCAUGUCGCUUCUCGGCCAAGUAUACCGACCUGGCCCUCGAAAGAACUUGAUAUACAGCAUCUACGGCGCAUUCGCCUGCCUGGGCUUUUACUUUGGCAUUGUCGUGGCUGCUCUGACGACCGAGUAUAUCAGUUGGAAAUGGUACUUCUGGACCGGUGCCAUCUUUGAGUUUGCCACCAUUGUAUUUGGUCUGCUAGCCAUCCCUCGCAAUCUCCAAGAUCAGCAGGCGUCUGCUCACAUGGACUGGCUCGGUCUUACCACUAUUGUACCGUGCCUGGCACUUUUGAUAUUUGCCUUUACCGAAGGCUCACAGGCACCGCAGGGUUGGGCAACGCCAUACGUGCUGGUUACAUUGAUACUAGGUAUCGUGUUCUUGGCUGCGGCCGUUUACUCGCAAGGCUGGGCAUCAUCACAGCCGCUAGUACCAAAUGUCAUCUUCCGCAUCCGCUACAUGAAACGGCUGCUGGCAAGCAUGACUUGCUUCUUUGGCGUAUGUGCGCUCUUCUUGUUAUACACAAGUCUUUAUAUCCAAGAUGUAUUAAAGGUAUCACCGAUCCUCGCUGCUGCUUGGUAUGCCCCCAUGCUUGCGGGAAGUAUUAUACUAGCAGUUAUGGGCAGCAUGAUUCUUCAUUUGCUGGCAAGCGAGAUUCUUCUCUUCUUGGCUGGAACCGCAUUCCUCUUUUCCGUGUUGCUCUUUGCCAUUAUCCCGGCCACCUACCAAUCCGCCACGCCGGUUGCGUACUGGGCUUACAUAUUCCCAGCCAUGUGCUGCGGCACUCUGGGAAUCGACUUGGCCUUUAAUGUCAUGAACAUCUUCAUUACUACGGCCAUGCCAAAGCGAGACCAGGCAGCAGUGGGUGCCUUGACCAACACACUCAUCUACCUGGGGAGCUCGUUUUGGCUUUCCAUUAGCGAGCUGGUUGUGUCUACAGCAAGGAACUGGAAAGCAGACCACUUCCCUCUUGUGGAUCAAUACAAGACGAGUUUCUGGCUGGGAGUAGGCCUGACUGGCUUUGCGAUGUGCCUGGCCAUUACUCUUCGCAUGGGAACUGCGUCUGCCGAUUUAACUUCUGAUGAGAAGGAGACACUAGUAGAAAUUGACUAG